AUGGCUGGAAUCAUCAUCACUCUGAGCGGAGGGUCCGGCCCGUCAGUUGCAACCAUAGCCGCGCUCGCCGCCGCAGCGACAGCUGUCGGCCUCUCCUUGUCUCCAACCCACUGUCCUUCGCCUCUCCUUUUUUCCCAAUCCAUAUCCUUCGCCUCUCCUUUUUUCCCUUCUCCCUUCCGCCCCUCUCCUCCCCCUUCUGCCGCGCGCCUUUCCCCUCCACACGCCCCGUCCCCGUUCCGCCACUCCCCCUUUUCCCGUCCGCCUCCGCUUCCCCCGCCGCCAGUGCGCCAGCUGGGCCUGCCCACGGACCUGGCGGCGGCGGCGCUACUGGCGCAGGCGGCGGACGACUACGUGCGGGGCGAGAAGAACACAUCCGAUAAGAGCCGCGCCAACCUGCUCGCGCUCGUCGCGCAGACGGGGGGCGGGCGCGUGGCGUGGAAGGGGGAGGCGGGAGCGGAGGCGGAGGCGGAGGCGGAGGCGGGAGACGAGGGGGGGCCGGGGGAGGCGGCGGGAUUAAUGCGGGGUUCAGAGGCGGAGGUGGAGCAGGUGGGGGAGGAGCUGAGCGCAGAGCUGGACGCGUGCAUGCUGUCCUACUUUGGCUUCCACUGGCCGCACUCCGCGCUCAUGAUCGAACAGGUGCGUGGGAGGGCACGGGGUGGGGAGAGGGGAAAUGGGAGGGGAGGAGGGGGCAAGAGGAGGGGAAGAAUGAGACUCAAUUGA